GAACGUACUACUUUGUAUAACAAUAAUGGUUCUUUCUCAAGAUGGCGGCCUUCAGACGUUUCAGGUCAAGAAAUAUCAUCUUGUCGGAUCCUUCAAGGCAGGUGAUUAAAAAUGGAAGGUGUGGUCAGAUUUUCUCAAGAAACAAAGCUGUUAGGGGAGUGCUGAACAGACUUUUGAGUGAAUCUGCUACCAAUGAAAAACCAAAUGAUCAUGUGGAUGCAGCACAACUGCCAGAUGGUGGGAUCAGUGAUAGAGGAUCAGUUGUUGAUCUUGGAGAGCUGCCUCCUACUGAUCAUGGCCAGUCCAGUAUUGGUCAAUUUUACACAGUUCCACAGGACAUUUCUAGUAGAAUUCUCUCUCACUUCUUCACAAAGAGAUUUAAAACAGAGUGUGAAAUGGCAGGCAGCACAAGUUUAAUGAUAAGAAGCCCAGCUAUAGAGGUGAUACAGCAUCUAAGAGAAUUACCAGAAAAAAGACAUCCACCACCAAAGUUUAUAUUCUAUGGUGAUGAUGGACGUGGAAAAUCUUUAUCGCUUAUUCAUGUUAUCCAUUAUUGUUUUUCGGCUGAUUGGUUCAUUCUUCCUGUACCAAGUGUAUUUAGCUGGGUGCAUGGACCAUCUGAAUUGCAGGUGUCAACAUAUCAUGCAGAGAGAUUUGACCAACCAGAGCAGGCAAAUGCUCUACUUCAGAUGUGCAAAUCAAUUAAUAGCAAGGCCCUUGCUGAGGUCCAGUUAAAUAAUCAAUAUCUUUUCGGCAGGAGAGAUAUCAUAGAAAAAGGAGAACCACUGGGAAAAAUUAUAGAUACGGGUCUUAGGAGAGCAAAUUAUGCCACUGAUGCUGUAGGUGUAUUACUGAAAGAAAUAAGGGGUAACCCCAGUUUGCGAGUGUUACUUGCUGUGAACCAAUUCAAUGGAUUUUUCUUAAAAACUACAUUCAAGGAUGCCAAACAAAAAUGGAUAAAACCCAAGAGACUGAGUUUGGUACAUCACUUUACAGAACUCCUUCACCCCUCUGAGGGACUGAAAAAUGGAGCAAUGGUAUUUGCGUUAUCACGUACGGGGAUGUUGAGAAGUGACAUAAAGUCUUAUCAAAUACCAGACCUAAUAGGAAAG